AUGAAUACACCCCAUGUGCUGCAGAUUUGGGAAUGUGCAGAGAGUGGGUGGUGCCUAAUGGUAUACUCCUCCCACUCACGGGCGGUGUGAGAUGCCUGUUGGUUCCCCUGUGGGCGACGCCUCCUCACUGGCUUCUUUGACAACACAGCCAUGGCCACUGUGGGUGGGCCGGCACCCAUGCUGCCGGAGUUCCAGCAGAGCGCUGGUGUCAGGAAACCAUCGGAGGGGCCGUCUCGGUGUGCGCCCCAACAGGAAGGUGACGUAACUCGCCAUCCGGGUUACCCCAGGCUGGAGAUGCGGGGCGCCAUGCCUCCUCCGCCCAGACAGCCCACACAAAGGUUGUACAGAGCAGGAAUCCUGCAGACUUUGGCCAUCCUAUUCCUGACCGGGGGCAGGGAGUUUGUGACCAGCAGUGACUCAGUCAGCCAGGACUCUGCGGAGCGCACGCUCAUCGCAUGGGACUUCCAAACCAUUGCUAAGGUCUCCAAUCAGAUCUACCAUCAUAACUAG